CAAAUCAAUACCACUGCCUCUAAAAUCCAAACUAUUGAUUUGGAUGACAACAGCUCGCUCCUUCUGCAGUUUGAUAAUGAUUGACAGGCAGGUCGCUUAAAAGACUACAGACAGAUGACAGACGUUCAACAGCGUUUGUCUCUGUAAAACUCCACAAUGAGGUCUGUGGUCGCUCUCCAGCUGGGCUUUUGUGGCCUGUGUCUCACUGUGGCACUUAUUGGAGAGGGAAUGUGAGUAUUUUUCCAUUUUAAUUUACAAAAAUACCAGUUUUAGUUCAAUCACUAGUUUUGUGCAGUAUUUACAUUCAUAUUGGAAUAUUUACAGGGCAGUAGUGCUUCCUGAUCCACCAGCAGUGAACUGUGUCUGGAGCCGCUGGUCAGAGUGGAGUUCUUGUAAUCCAUGCACCAGGACAAGAGUAAGUCUUCAAAAACUGAAGUCACAUUUUUAGAUUAGAUUAGAUUAGAUUAGUUUAUUUAAAAGGGGACAGCGCAAUUUCAUAAAACACAUGAUUACACAUGGUUAAAAAAAAGACAGAAUUAGCCAUAAGGCCAGUUUUCAUCUGUAGUCCCCUGGCCAUGAUGUGAAAAAGGCAGUAAAAUUACAAUUUAAAAAAAAAAGAAAAGAAAAAAACAACACAAUACAUGUACACUAUAAUAUAAAAUACAUAUUCAAACACUCACUAUACAAUUAAGAAAAAAUACAUCACAACAUAACAAUUUAUCAUAAUAUCAAAACAUCACAACUUUUAGUGUUGGCAGCUGUAGGUGUUGAUAAGCCACAUUUCCAAUUUUUUUGUGAAUGCUUUGUACGUUGAAAGCAGUUUAACCACCUCAGGUACUGAGUUCCACGCACUUGCACUCCUUACUGACCAGGCUGACAUUUGAGUGUGGAGCUUGAUUUUUAAAAGCCUUUUUUUAUCGGUAUCCUCAGGGGCGUUCCCGAAGUGUGGAAACGUUCGGCCAGUUUGGUGGCCAGUCCUGCCAUGGGUCAAUAGGGGACAGGGAGGUCUGUGUAACAGACACCCAGUGUGACCAACCGCCUUCACCUGAGUGCUCCGCGUUAGAGUUCCAGUGCGAGUCAGGUGACUUGACUUCUUUAUUUACUUCAAUUUUCAUGGACCUGUUAGUUUAACUCUGAACCUUCUUCAGGCACUUGCGUGAAGAAAAGAUUAGUGUGCAAUGGGGACUACGACUGUGAAGAUGGAUCAGAUGAGGAUUGCGAUAACGCUCGUUCGAUCUGUCAACCACCGCUGGAGAACAACGAGCAAGGCAGGACAGCAGGAUACGGGUGAGAAGAAAUAACAUAGAGCUAAAUGGCGUAUGUAAGGAAAUUGUAAAAUCUGAUAAGUUACCUCCUGUUCAUGCAUCAGAACCAACCUCUUGGGCGCAGAUCCUCGAAUGAACCCCUUCAACAAUGAUUUCUUCAACGGGAGGUGUGAUCGAGUGAGGAACCCAAACACCGGACGAUUCGACAGACUUCCCUGGAACAUCGGCGUGCUCAAUUAUCAGGUUAGCCAGAUUGAUAUCGGUUUAAUUUCUCUGUGUGUGAUCAUGACUAUAAAAUUGGUCUGCUAGAAUUUAGGAGAAAGUGUCCUCUUUUAACACUUUGGUUCCCUACCUCUCUAGACUAUGGUGGAAGAAACUAUUUCCAGAGAAAUCUACGAGGACACUCACAGCCUUCUGAGAGAAAUGCUGAAAGAGAUGACAUCCAAACUUGAUAUUGGACUGUCUUUUAAACUCAGCCUGAGUGAGGAGACCAUGUCAAAUAAAUCUCCAGAUAAAUCGGGUUUGGACAAUCAGGCAGGUGUUUCUCCAAGUUUGGAUUUGACCAGUCAAUUUGAGAAGAAAGAAAUGAUAAAGGAGAUCUCAGAGUACUCCAAUGUCAAGGUAAAUAUCAGCCAAAGACAAGCGUGUUAACCCGACUACAAAAAGACAAAACUUAGUCGAUCUUUUUUGAAACAACUCUUCCCACACACAGAACAAGAGCUUCAUGCGGGUAAAAGGAAGAGUCCAACUGAGCACCUACAGACUCCGCUCCCUAAAUGUCCAAGUGGCUGAGGAUUUCCUCCUGCAUGUCAAGUCUUUGCCUUUGGAAUAUGAAAAGGGAAUUUAUUUUGCCUUCCUGGAGGACUAUGGAACCCACUACACCAAAAACGGGAAAUCUGGGGGAGAAUAUGAGUUUAUUUAUGUUCUCAACCAAGACAGCAUCAAGGCCAAAAGUACGUGCACACCAGUGUAAUUCAAAAUCAAGUCAUAUAUCAAGAGAUUUGACCGGACUGAAAAGUGUCAGGUACUCAUUCUCUAUUUUUCAUGGUUGUUGCAGAUAUUACAAUGCGGACAAUUCAAGAAUGUGUCAGAAUGGGCAUCACAGCAGACCUUGGUAUCACAGGUGUUACAGUAGACCGUGAUACAACUCAUGACCCUAACCCUAACCCUAACCCUAACCCUGACCCUAACCGCAAAACAACAAGUGACUCGAAACUGAAAGGUCACGUCAAAUCUGACAACUGUGAGGAUGUUACCAACAAAGAAGAAGGUGUGUUUCCUGCAAGCACAUAGAUAAGAAAAACUGAACAACAUAUAGCAGAUUUUUUUUUAACAUAACACCUUUGCAUUAAAGUACGAACUGUUGCUCAAAGAUCUUCUUCUUUUGCUGUGCAGGUAGUAUUUAUGGAAAAGCAGUGGUGGACAGAGUGAUGACUUCAGUGAAAGGAGGAGAUCUCCAGAGUGCUGUUGUAAUGAGGGCUAAAUUAAACAAGGACGGAGUGAUGGACAUUGAUACCUAUCAGAACUGGGCCAGGAGCAUCGCUGACGCCCCGGCACUGAUUUACAGUGAGGUAGGUAUACGCUGGUGGACUGAGCUUCUAACAAUGUUAUCAUAGAUGUCACACAAUGACGAUGAUGUCUAGAAAUGUCGACUGGAACUGUUUUUUUGAAGGUCUGCGGUUUUCAAGACAUGCAUAGUGACUUUUUUAUUGAGAAAAUUACAAAGGAGGCUACCAGAUGAGGCAUCAUGCAACACUUCAAUUUCCUUUCACAAAAUCAUGAAUAUUUUUCACACACACUUUUUCGUUUUUUCAGUUCUUUAAUUUGACACUUGAGGGUUUCCUGUUGUUGCGUUUUGAAGUUCUCCUCUCUCAUGCAGCAAAAAAACAGAACAAGGGCAAUCUCAUGAAGCUGCUAGCAUAACACUCGUACAAUAACGCAUAUUUCUCUUGUUUUGAUUUGUUGUUUGCAGCCGGAGCCCAUCUACAACUUAAUUCCCAUUGACAUGCCGGGCGCUAACGCCAGGAUAACCAACCUGAGGAGGGCCACAACAGACUAUGAGGCAGAGUACAGUGUGUGCAAGUGUAGACCCUGUCAUAACGGGGGCACUCUGACGCUGUUGAAUGGGAAGUGUAUGUGUCUGUGCCCACAUCUGUUUGAAGGCUUGGCUUGCCAGAAUUUUAAGGGUGAUAAAGCAGAUUCUCCAGGUAAGACUCCAAACAGGUACGCCAAAAUACAUGAACAAAGCGAGUCAGGUGCCUUGGUAAAACUUGGGCAAUGUUUCACAGGUGGUAGACCAGAUGUCAAUGAGGAAGGUAACUGGUCAUGCUGGUCAAGCUGGUCGAACUGUAGCGGGGAGAAACGCAGACGGACACGCGGCUGUAACACAGAGGGGCUGCUGGGAGCUGUGUGCAGAGGAGACACCGACAGUGAGGAGUACUGCUAAUAUGGAACAUAAUUACUUCAUAUUUGAUAUUUAAAUAAAAGUUUUAAGCCAAAGUCUUGACUGUACACGUUUUUGUUUGAGGUGUCAUGAAAGCCACUGCUGAUUUAGCUUAUCUUGAAAUGGUUUAAACGUCAGUUUAGAUGCCAGCAUAUCAGGCAGAUAAAAACCUUGUACCAUCUAAUCAUUAAUCACAUUUAUAUUUAGAUCCAAAAGGACUUUGGCUUUCUGACCACAAACAUCCCUGUGUUUUUCCACUCAGGGUCUUUUCUGAAAUAGUGUCAGGCUGAAGUACAUAUUAAUGGGCAAAUAACUCAUUUUUAAAAGCGCAAACACAUUCCAGCCGGCAGUGCUGGGCUAAUGAGAACCAGAUGAGUCUGAGCAGAAUGGAGAGAGAGCUGAGCACAGGAGAGUUUAAGGUGUUGGACAUAAACAUGACAUAAAGGAGAACAUUGCACAGUGUUUUCCUUUGUUGGCAAUGUAAAGUUAAGGAGGCUUUCAAACAUGUUCAUUAACUCAUAAACGGAGAGUUCUUAUGUCUGUGCUGUAGACAAUUUGUGAUUCAGUCUCUGGAGAGGUAACUUGAAACAAAAGCAGAACCACUGCAGUGGUUUUUUUAAUGCUGGAGACAAGGGUGUAAUGCCAAAGCAAAUACUGGAUGAAAAACUGUAAUCAUUUGUGUUCUCAAAAGGAAUGUGAAACAUGUCCUUGGUAAAACAUGACAAACCAAAGUCUGUAGAAGAGAAGUGGACAUAACCUCUGUGAUUUCAUUCACCAGUAGAUGGACUGUUGUUCUGGAGCCCCAAGUUUAGGGUUUCUAGUAUACUGAAAAGGAUGAGGGCCACUCAUAAAGAAAAGUUCUGAGUAAAAAAUAAGGUCAAAUUUUGUUUUCGAUUGUUUGUUUUGCUCUGACAACGUUUUUUAAAAAAUUCUGAGUCCGAGUCAAAAUUCUGAGAUCAAAGUCAGAAUUCUGA